AUGAAGCGCCGCUUUGAAGAAAAAUAUUUACCUCAAUCUUACAGGGGCAACUUGCUGGAUCAAUGGAACGCACUUACGCAAGGCAGUCGACCUGUGACCGAAUAUGUUGCUCAGUUUGACGAGUUUCGAAUGAGAUGUCAGGUCGUUGAGGAUGAAGUCAUGACCUUGAGUAGAUUUAGGCAAGGCCUACGGGAUGAUCUUAGACGUGAGCUUGUUCUUAAAGGUGUCACCACUCUUGACCACACCUACUCUUUCGUUCGGAAUUACGAGUUAGUGACUAGGACACCGUACAGAGGUCGUAGUGACUCCCGCACUGCAACCUCUUCUGCAUCCACUCCAUCCCCUAAGUCUAUUCUAGGACCUCUUCCUUCUAGUACUACCCCUACAUCGGAUAGUAAAGGUAGAGGUUCUGAGGUUUCAAGAACGUCCUCUCGUUUGCAAUGCUUCAACUGUAAGGAUUUUGGUCACAUUGCUUCUAAGUGUCCUAGCCGAGCCCUAGUUUUGGAAGAGCGUGAGGGUAUAGUUGACGAGCCACUAGAGGAUCAGGCUAGUCCCCUUAUCCCACAUACGCCUAGAGUCGGUGUCGUCCGUUGUACUCUUACCCAGCCUAGGGAUGCCGAUGAUUGGCGCCGUCAUGUCAUCUUCCACACUUACAUCAAGAUUAAUAAUAAGGGCUGUAAAGUUAUCAUGGAUAGUGGCAGCUGCAUUAAUGUGGUUUCGAUGACUACUGUAUCCCGUCUAGGGUUGAAGUCUGUUCCUCACCCUCGGCCAUACAGCGUCUCUUGGGUUGAUACCUCCUCCAUAGCUAUCAAGGAGCGUUGUUUAGUCCCUAUCCAGUUUCUCGAGUAUAAGGACCAUAUAUGGUGUGACGUUAUUUCAAUGGAUGUCAGGCACAUUAUCUUGGGACGACCUUGGUUAUUUGACCUAGAUGUAACCAUCUAUGGUCGAUCCAAUUGCUCCUUCGUGUUUAAUGGAAAGAAGAUUCACCUUAACCCACUGCCCCCAAAGCCUGCUGGCCCACUGGAAACGAAGAAAAGUGUGGAACGAAAGGAAUUGCACAUCAUUAGUUCUACGGAGUUUGAGCGUACACUUGUUGGUGACUCAGUUGUGUUCGCUUUGGUGGUCAUGGAGGUUCCAUCCCACUCCACAAUAGAGAACCCUGUUGAAGUCUUGUCGGUUCUCCAAGAGUUUCGAGACGUCUUUUCGGAGGACCUACCUGACCAUCUAUCUCCAUUAAGGGAUAUUCAACAUGCCAUAGAUUUUGUCCCAGAGGCAUCCCUCCCAAAUUUGCCUCAUUAUAGGAUGAAUCCUACCGAGCACGCUGAACUUCAAAGGCAAGUGGAUGACCUCCUUCACAAAGGAUUCAUUCGUGAGAGUUCAAGCCCGUGUGCUGUCCUCGCCCUAUUGACGCCCAAAAAGGAUGGUUUUUGGAGGAUGUGUGUGGAUAGUCGCGCGAUCAAUAGGAUCACGGUGAAGUAUCGUUUCCCAUUCCUAGACUUGACGAUAUGUUAG